GCUUUCGAUCAUGCUCCGUCUGUCGACGCGCCUCGCGCGCUCCGCGGCGCGCCGCGGCCGCAUGUCGACGGGCUCCGCGGCGCGCCGCGGCCGCAUGUCGACGGCCGUCGCCGCGACGCCCUACGACACGCACGUCGUCGAGGACGAGCUCAUCCAGGAGAACGGCGGGCUCAUGGAGUACAGCGUCGUCUACACGGACCGGGCGCUGAACCACAUGUCGGAGCCCUUCCAGCAAGUCAUGACGGACCUCCACGCGUCGCUGACGGCGGCCUACAACGCGGACCACGCCGUGCUGCUCCCCGGCAGCGGCACGUACGCGAUGGAGGCGGCCGCGCGCGCGUUCGGCGUCGGCAACGUCGUCGUCGUGCGCAACGGCUACUUCAGCUACCGCUGGACCCAGCUCUUCCAGAGCAUGGGCAAGCCCGACGACCAGGUCACGGUGCUCAAGGCCGCGCCCGCCGAGGGCUGGGCCGCGGGGGAGGACCGGGGCGUGUCGCCGCCGCCCGUCGAGGACGUCGUCGCGACGAUCCGCGCGAAGCGGCCGUCCAUGGUCUGCGCGCCCCACGUCGAGACGUCCGCGGGCAUCAUCCUGCCCGAGGCCUACAUGCGGGCCAUCGGCGACGCGUGCGCGGAGGUCGGCGCGACGUUCUGCCUCGACGGCGUCGCGAGCGGCACCGCGUGGGUCGACAUGAAGGACCUGGGCGUCGGCGCCUACAUCACGGCGCCCCAGAAGGGCUGGACGGGGCCCGCCUGCGUCGGCGUCUGCAUGCUCUCCGACGCGGCCGCGGCGCACGCCGAGGCCGCGCCCGUGUCGUCGUUCUCCAUCGACCUCCACAAGUGGCGCAUGGUCAUGGGCGCGUACCUCGACGGCGGCCACAUGUACCACGCGACCAUGCCCACGGACGCCAUCCGCAUGUUCCGCGACGUCGUCAAGGAGACGGAGCGCCACGGGCUCGCGGCCUGCGAGGCCGCCGCGUGGAAGCUGGGCUUCGGCGUCCGCGACGCGCUCAAGGCGCGCGGCUUCACGUCCGUCGCCGCCGAGGGCGUCGAGGCGCCGGGCGUCGCCGUGGUCUACGCCAACGACGACCCGACCUACGCGGGCCGCUUCAAGAACGUGAACCUCCAGAUCGCCGCGGGCGUGCCCCUCGUCCUCGGCGAGCCCGACAACUACAACUCCUUCCGCAUCGGCCUCUUCGGCCUCGACAAGCUCAUGAACGUCGACCGCACGGUCUCCAACUUCGAGAUCGCCCUCGACGCCGUCCUCGCCAAGCAAUAGGAGGCGCGAACGAGCCGCGCCUCCUCGCCCUCGCCCAUCCGACGCCACCGUGGCAUGUCUGUUCUCGUACUAGUAAGUUCCGUGAAAGUG